AUGCCGAUAAAAGUUUUAAAAGCGAGGCAGAUCUAUGACUGCACUGGCACGCCGACCGUAGAAGUUGAAGUGAGGAACGACAAAGACACGGCUGUAGCAUCUGUGGCUGCAGGCGACAGCAUCAGCAACCGUGAGGCCCUGGAAGUUCGAGAUAACGAGAUGAGGAUGUGGGCUGGCAAGGGUGUGUUGAAAGCCGUUGAAAAUGUCAACAACUACAUCGCUCCACUCUUUGUUGGCAAGGAAAUUGAUGAAACCAAUCAGACCAUGAUAGACAGGAUGCUGAUCGAACUGGACAGGACAGACGACAAAUCCAGACUCGGAGCCAAUGCCAUUGCUGGCGUCUCCAUGGCUAUGGCGAGAUUAGGAGCAAUGAAAGAUAAUACUAGCUGGGAACGACAAAUCACAAGAAGAUUUUAUCCUACCUGUUCCGAUCAUGCCCAUGAUAGGUUUGUUGGCGGCGGGGGCUUAAAUUUCAACACCAGGUUAUUCCUCGACGAAAUAGCGAUCCUACCGGUAGGGGUAAAGUCUUUCGAAGAUGCCAUGAGGGCCGGCAGCGAGAUCUACUUCACCCUCAAACAACUUCUCGCCAAAACGUACGGACUAUCGGCCACCAAUAUCGGUCCUUUGGGCCAGUUCGGCCCUUUCAUUCAGAACGAAAUUGACGCCCUGGAGUUAGUGAAAAAGUCAAUCGAAGCAGCCGGCUAUACUGGUUACGUGAAGAUGGGAAUAAAUUGUGCGGCGCAUACAUUUUUUAAAAAUGGAACUUAUGACGUGAAUUUCAAGCAAAUAUACGGCGGUCGGAAAGGAAUGUUGAGCAGCGAGCGAAUGACCGAACUCUACAGAAGUUUCAUCAUCGACUACUCGGCAAUCAGCCUGGAAGAUCCUUUCCACUUUGAGGAUUGGGACCCCUGGCGGAAUAUGACGGAAAAGAUGUCAGUACAGAUAGUUGGGAGCAAAUUGCUGGCCACCAAUCUGACGCUUAUCAAACAAGCCAUCGAGAAAAUGGCCUGCAACUGCCUGAUGAUAAAAAUCAACCAGAUUGGGACUGUCAGUGAAGCUAUCGAAUGUUUUAAACUGUCGAAAGACGCAGGCUGGUCUUGCAUCGUUGGUGACAGACUCGGCGAAACAGAGGACGCUUUCAUGGCUGACUUUGCCGUUGGCAUUUCAGCCGGUCAAAUAAAAGCCGGUGCUCCGUGCAGGUACGAGAGGCUCGCCAAGUACAAUCAGCUGCUAAGAAUCGAAGGCAAACUGGGUUCGAAUGCAACCUUCGCCGGGAACAACUUCAGAAGGAUUCACCAAAAAUUAUAA